CGAACUCAUCAUUCGCCAUGACACUGCACACACCAAAGAGCAUGGCAGUUCCACUGUCUGGACCAUGGCUUCCGAACCCAAGCAUAUCCUGCGACCCUCUCCACGGACGAAGAAAGCCUUUUGCUGUGGCUCUUGCAUCAGCCUCUCCGUUGGCCUCCACCACUAUUCAGAUUGCAGGUGGAAAGGCUUCAAGGUUGUCUCAUAAAGAAGGUGCAAAUUAUAGUAAUAUGUUAGAAUCCAGCAAAGAAGAAAUUUUAUGGGCUGACUUGGAUACUGAUCUUUACUACUGGACAAUGCCUUUGCGUUCUGUUCAGUGGUAUCCUGGUCAUAUUGCAAAAACAGAAAAGGAACUUAGAGAACAGCUGAAGUUAAUGGAUGUUGUGAUAGAGGUGCGAGAUGCAAGAAUUCCUCUUUCCACUACUCAUCCUCAGAUGGAUUCCUGGAUUUCCAAUAAGAAAAGAAUUGUUGUUUUGAAUAGAGAAGAUAUGAUAUCCACGGCAGACAGAAAUGCAUGGGCCACUUAUUUUGCAAGACAGGGAACGAAGGUUGUCUUCUCCAAUGGGAAACUUGGAAUGGGUACUAUGAAGUUGGGAAGGAUAGCAAAGUCAUUAGCUGAUGGUGUGAAUGUCAAGCGUAGAGCCAAAGGACUGCUUCCUCGUCCAGUGCGAGCUGGAAUAGUUGGAUAUCCAAAUGUAGGUAAAUCAUCUUUAAUCAACCGUUUAAUGAAGCGGAGAAUGUGUCCAGCUGCCCCUAGGCCGGGUGUGACCAGAGAACUGAAAUGGGUUCGUUUUGGAAGAGAUCUGGAGUUGCUGGACUCUCCUGGCAUAAUCCCAAUGCGCAUAAGUGACCAGGCAGCUGCAAUAAAGCUUGCAAUAUGUGAUGACAUAGGGGAGAGAUCAUACGAUGUUGUUGAUGUGGCUGUAAUUCUUGUUCAGAUGCUGACAAAGAUUCCAGCUGUAGGUUCAGAAGUUCUCCAAAACCGUUACAAGAUUGAUGUGGACGGUCACUGUGGUAAAAUAUUCGUUGAGAAACUCGCACUUCAAUUGUUCAAUGGAGAUGGUAAUCAAGCAGCAUUUCGUGUCUUGUCCGACUUUCGAAAAGGGAAGUUUGGUUGGAUUGCACUGGAGAGGCCACCCAAGUAGACUUAAGGGCUUUUUUUUUGUUCCUGCUCUUUGCCCCACAUCUAGGCUACUGAGCAUCCACCAGCAUGUGUCAUUACAUUACCCAAAGAGGGGGCUGCAUUUAUCGCUGUUAAUAAUGUACCAAAGGAGUUUCACCUUAUGCUCCAUAACUUUGGCAGAAGCCAGUCUUUAGGCAUUGCAGCCCAG